GGCCUUCGAGUGCAAAUGCGAGCUCCUUCUCUGCACUCUCCUCCACUGUUUCUCUGUAAGACAUAGCGAACUUUUCUAGCGUGGGCGGGUCCUGCCGCAGCUGUCUGAGACGCGACCUGCAUGCAGCGGCUUCUUUAUUCGCGCUGUCGUUUCUCUCUUCGUCCUGCGGCCUCGGCUGCUUGUCUCUCACCCCCUUUUGGCUGCUUUCGGCAGGCACACCAACACAACGCAUCUCCGACAAGCUGGUGUGUGUCCUCGCCUCCUCGUUUGUCUGCAGGGGCGCGAGCAGCGUGCGUCUCAGUCGCGACUUUGUCUUCUCAGCUGCAGACUCGGGGCCUCUCUUUCGCGGCCAUUGCAGCUUUCCAGCAUUUCCGUCUCCCCUUUGGCUGGCUCACGCUGUCUGUUCGGGUGUAUGUACACGUGGGGGCGAGGCCGGCCCACGGCAGUCUGGAGACGCGGCCGUCUUGUUCGUCGGCAUUGGUGUCUGUCUGGAAGCGAAGUUUUCCUUUUUUACGAGACCGGAAGCCUGUGGAGAAGAGACUGUCUGGCGACGCAGAUCGAACGACAAUUCUCUCGAAACGGCCUUCGACGCACCGCGCUCGCGUCUUCGCUGUCAAGACACCAGUCUAGGUCCGGCCGCCUCAUUGCCCCCGCUUUUGCAGUCUGGGCCUUGCUGGCUCCCCCUGGAACUUCUCACAUGUCGAGCGGCUGACGCGAUUAUUCAGCAGAAACAGCUCUUCUUUCCUCCCUCCGGAUCUACAUGGUGUGAGCAUCUUGAAGCCAAUCUGCGUCUCGCCGAAUCUGCCGUCGUCUCGCUCCAGAAGGAACGCGAAACCGCAGCCUAGAGACAAGUGGUGGAGAGAGCUAAGAGAAAGGGACCGCGAGGAAAGGGCGUCGACACUGCCGUUGUUGCUCGGCGAACGAUGCGGUGCGCAACUGUUUCUGCUCUCAGAAAAACCUCUGUUUUCUUCUGCUGAACUGUUGGUAUCUGGUUCGUUCUUCUGCUGGUGUUCCUCUUCCGAGCCAAGUGCAAGGGAGUCUCUUCACUGUUGCCGAGCAAGGCACCUCGUCUCUUCUCUCCUGGUGCUUCUCAGGCGGGGCUCCCCCGCAGUACUCAUGUCAAUCCAUGCGUCUUUGUGAACUUGUCGACAGACUUCUGUAGAGAGGGAAGGCUGGCGAGGACUUGCGUAGCGCGUCGACGCAUGCGUGUGGGCCUUCAGACACACGAAACUGUUCCUGAAUGCCCUCUUUCUCGUCUUCUGUGUCUCCGCUCUCCGUUUCUCUCUGCCCACGCCUGUCUCCUGACAAAGCCGUCUUCUUGAGGACGUCCGCGAGGCGCGGACGCGUUCGCGGGAGAGCGUCUCGUCGAUUCCUCGGUGCCGCUCUGCCCGUCUCCGUUCUCUGAAAGUUCCUGCUCUCUGCAGGUCGGAGAGCCAAGGGACUUUCCGCGAGCGAGAGGUGGAAGAGAAGCUAGGAAAACAGCAAUAGCGAGCUCUCCUUCUCCUUCCUGAGGAACGACCCGUCUCCCGCGUUGGCGCGCCAGUGGCCUUUCUCACUCUGCACAAUGCGGUUUCCUGCGUCGGCGGCCUCGCGUCCGCUCCUCUCUCUCCUCGCUCUUCUUCUCCUCGCAAACUCUCGACUGGCAGUGGCGACCUCUGGCGGCUAUCCUCACUUGAAGGAGCAAUGGGAGUUCCACGCUCAGCUUGUCACCACCGGUGCCACAAAUGUUGUGCUCCUCUUCGGUAUUCUGCGCAGCUGGCAAGUCGGUUUACCAGUAGACGCCUUCGUGGGUUUCGCGGCGAUGGUCACUUCGGUCGCGUACCACACGCUGCAGACGCUGGAGGGGAACAAUCCUCAUGUGUUCGAGAAGGCGCGUUUCCUUGGAGGCACCGAAGGCGAUUGGCACCGAGCAGACAACAUUUUCGCGAUCACAUGCAUCAUCUCCUUCUUCGCAAUGCCUCUCCAACUCGUCAGCCCCGUCUGGGUUCUCAUGACCCGCAUGGUGCCCUUGUGCGUCGUCGCGAUUUCUCAGUGUCUGCAGCCUUGGAAUUUCGCAUACACGAUUUUCCCGAUUAUUUUCUUCGGCGUCGGCUUCCUCGUGCUGCUUGCUGUGAGUCGCGUGCGGCCGCGUCUCCAGCGACGCUCGUGUCUGUACAGCGGCGUCACUUUUAUUCUCGCGAUGGUUUUCUUCUUCUUCGGCAUGGAUGACGCAAACGACUACCUGCGCAUCAAGCAUGGCUUCUGGCACAUCUUCAUCGGCGCGUUCGUGUACUUCUGGACGGACGCAUGCAAUCCGCCACACGUAGUGCAGACGCGAAGAAGGCUGCUCUUUGCAAACGCAGCAGAUGCUGCGUACCUCCUCAGCGAAGAGCACAAACGCCACAAACGGGAGCCUCCCCUCUGCAGCCUCGAGGGCGCCUCCGCAGACGCCGCAGUGCAAAUGGUGAAGCUCUCUUGAGCAGACGCAGAACGAGGGUGGACGGCGCGCCCGCGAGAGAAGGAAGAGAAGAAAAAAGAACAGAGAUAAGAAGAAAGGAGAGAGAGAAGAGAAAGGAAGAGAGAGAACGAGAUCGGGAAGCACAGAGAAGACAAGAAACUAAGUUUCUCAUUUGCGAUUUCCGUGGGCAACGCCCUCUCCCGGUGUGGGCUGGUGAGGGGUCCGAGGCCUCGAUUGCCCCAGAACAGAUGCCUGGACAUCGAAAGUCACCGUGUUGUAACUUGUUGUCGAGCUUCUGCAUGCACACCUGGCACAACGCUUUCAGGUGGUUUUCAACGACCGACGUCUUCAAUAUUCAUAUUUGUACACAAUCGUGUACAGAGAGUAAAUAUAUAUACAUAUAUAUAUAUAUAAAUAUAUAUGUAUUUAUAUUUACAUAUAUAUGUAUAUAUGCAUAUAUGCAUAUGCAUGUCGUUAUGUAUGUAUCUGUCUCCGUGUAUACACACUGUUCAUAUCUCGUUUUUCCGACAAAUGUUGUGAAACUCCCUUUCUUCUGUCUCGAUGUGUAUGUUGCCGUCGAGACACGUAGCGGAACAGUUGUCUCCAAACGAAACAUCCAGAGAAACUGGUGUGAACUGUUUGACCAGAAAACCUGAAACCCUUGAGUGCCCACUCGACAACCAUUUCUCCGCUUUUAAGAAUUGAAGCGCGC